AUGCCCGCGCAGUCAGAUCAAUGCUCGGCAGCUCGCCUUGCUUCCGUCUCGUUCGCUGCUGACCGAGCUCGCCGCAGCAUUCAAGCCGCCCCCAAGCAGAAGCUCAAGUCUUCGGUCCAGCGCUCCCUCCGACAGUCGCUCCUCUCGACCUACCCGCUCCUCACACCGCACAUUGACGAGAUUCUGCCGAAAAAGGCCUCGCUCUCGAGCAUGAAGCUGCCCGACCGCAACACCCUCUACGUCCUCGACGCCGAACCGCUCUUCUACCAGCAGGACACGGCCGUGCUCAUCCCCCACCUGCGUCUCGUCCACCGUUUCCCCCAGGGCUUCCCCACGAUUCGUAUCGAUCGCGGCGCCAUCCGCUUCGUCCUCUCGGGCGCCACCCUCAUGGCCCCAGGCCUAACUUCCAAAGGCGGCCGACUACCGAUCGAAGGUGCACUGAAGCAGCUCCCGGAGGGACAGGAGAUGGAUCAGCGCGUCGACGAUGACGGUAGGUGGAGUCGCGAGCUGGCCAAGGGGGAACCGGUCGUGAUCAUGGCCGAGGGCAAGGAAGAGGCCUGCGCUGUCGGCACCCUCGUCGUCGGCACGGACGAGGUCAAGGCAAAGGGCAAAGGGCCCGUCGUCGAGGAUGCACACUUCCUGGGAGAUGGCCUCUGGAAUCUUGGCAAGGAGUGA